GAAUUGAGGAUUGAGGUGAAGUAAGCGGUACCGAUGGUUUGGUUCGCUACGGUAGUUGUUAAAAUCUAUUUAUAAUGGUAAUGAUAUCCCAACUUGCAUAUUUGCAUACGUAAAUGGAAUGCCAUUGUACACCGUCAGCAUCUAACUGUGGGGAGAAUCGAAGAAAGAAGUGCGAUCGUGAUGUCUCUCACUGCUUAUUGUCACUCCGAUGGCAAAAUGAAUCUAAUAAACACAUUGAACAUAUCCAAGAUUGCUGGCAUUGGUCCCCGGAUGAUCCUGAUUGUCCUAAGGAGCCAGGACUGUGCUAUCUUUUAUCUGAAUCGAAAGAAGGGUUUACCAACUGUUGUUGCAAAGGUCCUCUUUGCAAUGGUGUAGAUAAUAACACCAUAAUAUCGCCGCCUCCCAGUGAGUCUAGGAAACAGAUUUUAUCAUUUAGUGAUUAACGCUACCUUAUGCACAGUAGUAGGGAAAUAGUAGUAAGCAUUACAAAGUUGUAAGUUAUCAUUUGUCUUCUUUAUUUAUGAUCCCGUUAUGUUGAUGUACACGAAUUUUUGAAGGAAUUGGAUAGCAUUUAGACUGCAGCUUCAAAUACAGCACUUUAUAAUUGUUGUUGUGUCGACAAAAACUAGUCUUCAGUAUGCUGUGGAGAUUGGAUCUCACUUUGAAUAUAUUAACAGAAGGUGCUAGUAUUUCGUGUUCUGGUAGAGUAUUUCAUUUGUUCACUACGCCAUGUGAGAAACGGAACUCCUGACUUAGGCAAUUUGAUCUCGGUUUUUGAACUUAGAAUGUCGUCUUAGGUGAUCAGUCCUAUACGGAAAGAAAAGACAAGACAUUAAUACCAAGGUCAUUGUUCAGUAUACGAUAAGCAAAUGUUAUAUCACCUCGUAAUCUGCGCUCAAGUCAACAGAUCCUUGCUUACGACAGGGUUAGAUCCCUUUUUUAUCCAGAACUCAAGACCACUCGGAAAUACUCCACUAACAAGGCAAAGUUUUGAUACACAACAUGCGGAUAGCUUCAUUACUCUGAUAAUCACUGCUCCGAUAAUUAUUGGUUUGUUUUUAAUCUUGAUAUUCUCCGUUUUUGCUCUAUUUUUGCCUCGACAUCGUGUUUGUCGUCUAAAACAGAGCAUGCGGUUCUCAUGGAAGCAUAAAACUUGUACACACUGCGGGAAGUUGUCUGACUUGUAUAGUCCUUUGCAUUGCUUUUCCGUGUGUACACGUGGUCAUACAGUCAAAGAUGAUAUUUCAAAUGGAUCAGUUGCUCAAAAUGAGUAUUUUGGAAUGAACAGUUUAUCUAAACAUCCAAUAACAGGUCUUCGAUGGUUAUCUAGUGAAUGUAUUGAGUUGUGCUCAUUCAUAAAGAAAGUUGAGUUAAAAGCUCACGGACGUUUUGGCCAAGUAUGGCUCGGUCGAUUUUCUUCACCAGAUGAUCAGAACGAUUUUAAUCUAAAUUCAUCACAAUUAUCAUUAAGUAAGAACAAAAAAGAAAUCGAUGUAGCUAUAAAAAUAUUCACGUCAAAUGAGAAACGUAGUUGGGAAACAGAAGUUGCACUUUUUAAUGUUCCAGGUUUGGAACAUGUCAAUAUUCUACAAUAUUAUGGUGCAGACCAGGUCAUUGUCGAUAAUUCUAUUGGCGAAGAUAAACUAGAGUAUUGGUUAGUAACAGAAUAUCAUCCAUUAGGCAGCGUAUAUGACUAUCUUCAUGCAUAUGAUAUACAAUGGAUAGAUUUAUUAAAAAUUUGUACUGGUAUUGCUCAAGGUUUAGCUCAUCUACAUAUGGAAAUUCCAAAUCUUUCAAAACCUAGUAUAGCUCAUCGUGAUUUAAAUUCUCGCAAUGUGCUAUUAAAGUCUGAUCUUACUGCUUGUAUUGCUGACUUCGGUUUGGCAAUUCGUUUUGAGGCUGGCCAGUGUAUGAGAGAUGCACAUUUACAGUUGGGUACUCGUCGGUAUAUGGCGCCUGAAGUGUUAGAUGGCGCUAUUCAGUUUUCAAAGGAUGCAUUUCUUCGUAUCGAUAUUUAUGCAAUGGGUUUAGUGUUUUGGGAAUUAAUGAUGAGAUGUUGUUGUGGUUCUAGUAAAAAUGCAACAAUUCAUAUUACUAGUUAUUUAGCACCAUAUGAAAUAGAAUUAGGUCCACAACCAUCAAUGGAAGCAUUACAACGAUGGGUAGCACAUGCUAAACAACGACCUAAAUUUAAUCCACAAUGGGCAUCAGAUGGGGGUUUAUGUACAUUGUGGGAAACAAUUGAAGAAUGCUGGGACCAAGAUGCAGAAGCACGUCUUUCAGCUGGUUGUGUAACUAAACGUUUGACUACAUUGCUCCGUCUAUCUGUUAUUAAUCAACAAUACAAUGAUAGCUAUAUUAAUAACAGUAAUAAUAAUGAUAGUAAUGGCAUUAACGAGAAGGAUAAUAAUAACACAGUGAUGAGUAAUUAUCUUACUAACAGUCAGAAAACAGAUUGUAAUCCACCACCACCAUACUACUACUGUUACUAUUCUCCAUGUAUUACUACCAGUACUACUACUAUUGCUACUGUUACUACGACCACAUUGAUGGACGUUUCUAAAGAUUUAUGCAAUGGUAGAUAUACUACUACAUCUUUAAUGAAUUAUUCUAGGAAGGAGGAUAUUGGUGUCUACAAUUGCUCAGAUGUUCUAAGUACUACUACUACUACUAUUACUGAUAACAAUAAUAAUGGUAAUAAUGAUAAGAGUAAUACUAUACUAACUCGUGGUAGUACUGGAUGUCCACCGACAAUUUGUCUACCCUAUUCUAUGAAUAUUAAUUUCUCUACACUUACAGAUCAUAGAUCUAAUAAGAUCAAUAGUGAAAUAUUACAAUGUAAAAGAAAAAAUCAAACAUUAUGCUUUAAUGAUAUAUUAAAUCGAACAGAAGAUCAAAUACAGUGUGAUAGUACAGAAUAUUUAAAACCAACUCAACCAAAUCAACAAAGUAAAACAAUAGUUAACGAAGAGCAAUCAACAGAAUAUCAAAAGUUAUUAUCUUCUAUUACUAAUAUGAAAUGAUCAUCAGCCUCCUUAUUAUUUAUAUUGUACUUAUGGUUACAUUUUAAAAAAAGUGUAUGUAAACAAAUUUUUUAAGCGGUUUUUUUUUCUGUCUUCUCUUUCUUCUUGUUGAAUAUUUUUCUGUACUAUGUAUGUGUGUAUAUGUUCAAUGGACAUCUUUGUCGGCUUUUAAUUAUAAAUAAUCGCGUGUGAUUUUUAAGCGCCCUUUUUUUUGUAUACAUGUUUUUCUAUAUUGUCCUUUUUGGUGUACUUUUCUUUGUGGUUUUUCUUAAUUUACAAGCAACUUAAGCUAAUUUUACUCGUUACAUUUUAAAGAAUCGAUGAAACUAAAUCUUUUCUAUAUAAAAAAAUGUAUAAAUUUGCUUCCCCUCCUCCUAUCUCUUAUUCUUUACUCCUUCCCACCGGACAUUAUGAAACAUGUAAAUAUUUAGCCUCAGAUCUGUUGUUUACUACUAGUAGUAUUAAUAAUGGCAUCAUUUACAGCACACAUAUUUUAUUAAAUGAUCAUUGUCAAUAUGAAAAUAAUUCAACAGUAACACGCCUACAACCAUUUACACUGGAUUGAUUUAUAUCCAGUGCUGGUCUUUCUAAACAUUAAAGAGAUUAAACGUCAGUUUAUUUUCAUUCAGUUUUCAAUCCUGCUUCUUUCAGUUCGCUGAUGUAUUCUUAUGUACAUAUAUAUAUAUUUUUAUGUAUCCCGGUGAAAUUCCUUCAUUUCUCUUAGUAUGAUAUUUUUUGGUGUUAUGUAUGUUUUAUUUUGUCUUCAUUUGAUGUGAUGUCUUUUUUUGACUGUUUUCCAAUCAUCCUAUGAUUCUAUUUUCAGUAGUGAAAAAAACUUCAAAAAUAUUAUUAUUAUUUGUUUUUGACAUACUACUUCAAAAUCACUACAAGUAGUUUGUGUAAAUAGUGUUAUCAUUAUUGUUAAUGAUAAUGCUUGAAAUUUAUGUGUUUUUCUCCUCAAUAUUCUCUAUUUAUUUUGUCGUGCCUUCCUCCUUCUUUGUGUUUUCUUCUACAGACAUCUUGAUUUCUCUUUUUGUUGCUCAGCUUGUAAUAAUAGUCUUAAAAGAUUAGGAUAAUCAAACAGCUUUAAUUAGUUUUUGUUUCUGUUAUUCUAAGCCAAAUUAGCUUCAUUCUUAUUAUGAAUAUUAUUCGAGAAUGAGAACGACGUCACAACAGCGAGGAAUUCUGUCUCCUUUCAGUAUAUAUUAAUCAUUUCGUCUACUUUGUGUGUGUGUAUUUAUUUAUCAAUCUUCUUGUUCCAAUUAUUCCAAUUGGACUUCUCAUUUCCGGUCAAACUUUUAUUUCAUUCGCACACCGUUUGUAGAAAAAAUCCAGUAAAAUUGAUUAAAAUCCAUAGAUUUGUUUUAAUUAUUG